AAACUAUUGACAUUUGUUUUUCUCUGAUAUCGAUUCCAGGCAAAAAUUAUUAAAAACUGGACUAGUUAUUAAGUUUUCACGUUUAAAUUAUUAAUAGAUUCCUGCGAUUAAUGCAUUUUACCCGUACUAGGAUGGUGUAAAUAGUGGUUUUACUGUUCUGCGUUACGUUUUUUUUAACCGAAAUGAGCGGCUCUGCCCCCCAUACCCCAGAAAUGGACAGGGGAAAAGAAACCAGUAACAGCCAACUGAGUUCACCAAUAGUCCAAAGACCCGAGGGCGAAACAGCAGUCCAUUUCAGCAAUGAAAUUGACCGAACCGAAACGACUGCCAUGACAAGCGCAGGUCCCAGAGUACCAGCACCCCCUCCUGGUCCUGGUGUUGCGGAAAUCGAUAGGAUCAUGAACAUGUCGAUGCCCACCAGCUCUUCGAUCGAAGACAUUCCACCCCCAAAGGCGGAUUAUAAUGCUCCGCCACCUUACGAGGUGGCUGCCCAACCCACCAAAUUACCGACCUACGAAGAGGUGCAGAGAGAGAAGAAUUUGGAGGAGGCCGAACUGUUGGGACUCUCUAUUGUUAAUGUGGUUGACGAUCCUACUGUGUUUCGAAGUCCUCCGAAUCAAAGGAUUUUAUUGCCGAUCGAUAACGAGGCCCACGAGGAGGCGGACACCAGCCUUUUGGGGACCGAUUUUAUGUUUUAUAUCGCUUUUUUCGUUGCAUUUAUCUUCAAUUGGAUCGGGUUCUUGCUGCUGAUGUGCUUCUGUCACACUAUCGCCUCGCGAUACGGAGCUUUGUCCGGUUUCGGACUGUCGUUGGCCAAAUGGACUUUUAUCGUUCAACAUUCCACCGAGUUGGCUUCGAGGGACAACAGCUGGUUGUGGUGGCUCAUUAUGACUUUCGGGCUUAUAAUAUGCAUUCGAGCAAUCCUGCAGUAUUUGAACAUAAAACGUGGUUGGCACAUGCUCUCAGCCAGCCAUCAGGAGAGACUUUUGUUCUUCUAUUAGAUGAGAUUCGUCCGUCGGUGUCACCACAUCGUGGUGGGGUAGUUAGUAACUUUUAAAAUGACACACAAACCGACUGUAGACGUCGUAAUCUCUGUAGAAAAUGUGAUCGUGUAUAAUUGUCUUUGGCAGAAGGUUUCCAAUCGAAGAAAUUUCUCUGUGGUAAUAAUAAUUAAUUAGUUUCGAUGGUGUGCGUUUGAAAAAUAACCAUGCAGCUUUUAUUAGAAAAUGUAUGUUCAAGUAGAAACAAAAAAAAAUGAAGACAGUUGAAUUAUUUACAAUUUUAGAGCAAAGGGAGGUAUGUGUAUAAGUCGGUGACAUUCGCUUCAUGGAUUUUUUAAACCCAUCUUAAUAAAGCACUUAAAUAUUAUAAAUUUUGUAAUAAAUGAAGAAGAUUCACGUUGGUAGUUAAAUAUAUUUGCAAAAAACAAUUUUUGUAAUGCUUAUUCCAUUUUUUUAUAUAUAGUUUUUGUUAUUUUUUAUUAUAUUUAUAUUGUCAUUAUAGUGAUAAAUAAAAGAUUCAACAAUA